AUGUCAAAUAAUGGCAUGCCCCGCCAGCAAAUGCGAGGGUCGCGCGAUGACUUCAGCCGUCAACGGGAUGGCGUGAGAACGGGAGGUACCAGGUUUUUUAUAUUCCAGUCCCUAAGAACAGUCUGGAAAAGCAUUGUCUCGACUCUGUUCAUAGGCAAAUCACGCAGCCCCAAGCCCCUCCCUGCUGCUUCUAUUUUUUCCCCUAGAAAGCCGGUCAGGGCCAAUGGGAAGACCGGGGGUGGGCAGCAGGUUCCAGCCCGACGGCGUGAGCGUAUCCACGGUCUGAUCAUGCUCCGCCGAGAAAGUCUCGGGUGCCGUAGCUCGGUGAGCAUGCGCGAUUAUUCCUCUGCAGCAGCAGCAGAAACAGGGCACGAUUAG